CGCCAACCCACUAUCGCCCACCGUUAUAGUGUCUGGUAUCAUUCGGGCUCCCUCUCGGCGCUUUUCAUUUGCUUGUUACGCGGUUGCCGUCUUUAGCUGGUUCAUGUUAGGCAUGCGAGAUGCCAGCGAUCCUUGCCGUUCGUUUCUUUGCAUGGGAUGAACAGCGGGCCGAUGGAUGUGAUGGAGACGAUCUGGGCCGAAAAAGAAGCCGCUUUCACGUUUUUCUUUCGGAAAACUGCUUUAGUCAGCGGAAACAACCGGUAUUUCGACUCAAUCUGGAAGUCCGUUGUGCUCGAUUGGCCCAGAAACAAGCAACAUCUGCUGCCCGAGGUGGCAUCAGGUGAAAAUCCCGCGAUGGGGUCCGGUAAGGGGGCAACGGCUCGGACACCGAGCGAGGAUCUAUAUGUCCGGCCGUAAUGCUAGGUGGUUUUCUGAUGUAAAUGCUAUAAAGUUGUGAAGAUCUUCCCCAUGGAUGCAGGAUACAGUCUGUUGUCUCUUCACCUUGCCCGCAUCCCCCCCAGGACCACUCUCUGACCUACGUCCAAAUCCAACCUCAAGUCCACCAAGUUACCAUGAGAUUUUCAACUCUCGCGGCUGGCCUCCCGCUCGUAGCAGCGGCUCCCCAGGGCCACUCCUUCAAGCAGACCAACACCACCGGCAAGACUCUCAUCCUCGAUCAAGCACCCGAUGUCUCGCAGCCCUACGUCCUUCGUAAGGGUUCUGGCCGUGCUGUCGCCGUCGGGGCGCAGGUCUACCGCUUUUCCGUUACCGGCAACUCCUCGGCCGGCGCCUUUACUCUCAUGCAGACCAACGCCCCGGACUCGCCCGAGCUCGGCGUGCUCCCGCACACCCACAAGACGCACUACGAGAACUUUUAUUGCACCAAGGGCCAGAUCCAGCUCUGGGCCAAGACCAACGACACCGACGAGCAGGCCCGCGUUCUCACCCCGGGUGACUACGGUGCCGUACCCCACGACACGGUCCACACGUUCCAGAUCACCGACCCGGACACCCAGCUCACCGGCGUAAUUCAGCCAGGCGGUUUCGAGCAGCUGUUCAUUGCCAUUGCGAACUCCGAGUUCAACUCCUCGACGGGCGCCGAGUUCGUCCCCGCCGCCGUCAACGGGUCCUCCGGUUCCAACCCGGAGCUGAUCUCCGCCCUGGAAGCGUUUGACGUCUAUGCGCAGCUUGACUUCAACCCGCGCCGAGACCUCGUCAACGGCAGCGCCGGGGGUGACGAAGACGCCUGGCACACAGCCGCCAACGCCUUGGCUCCCGACGCCGUGACGCCCAACUUCAUCGCCAAGAACCGCGGGCCAAAGUACCUCAACGUCGACGGAGGCGUCUACCAUCUUGUCACUCCCUUCGCUACGGCCGACCAAACGGCGAGCAACUUCACAAUGGGGACCAUCACCCUGAGCCCCCUGCUGUCGAACCAGACAGCCAAUGAGGCGAACCUGACCCAGCCACUGGCUUUCCAGCUUGAGGAGGGUGCCCUGAACAUCGCCGUUGACGGAUACGAUGCCGUGACGCUGAUCCAGGGCGACGUUGUAUUCAUCCCCGCCUACACGCCCUUCACCUACAACGCCUUGGCUGCUUUCACAAAGUUCCUGUACGUGAGCGGUGGGGGUGAUGGCUUCGAUUACCAGCUCCUCCAGAGGGCUGUGCCUUGGGAGUAUGCGACGUACCCCGUCAACGCCGGUUUCACUGUACAGUAAGUCUGCCGCGGUAGCCGUAGGGGGGGUUCUGUAUGUAGCACCUUUCGUGUUAUACAUAGACCGGCCCCCCUGCAAAUUGCUUCUAUUUCUACUUCAGUUGUUCUCCUGCUCGAUACCCCCGGGAUGAGCAGCCCACAAGCCGCAUGAGGCCGAU